AUGGACUUUCUCAAGUCGGCCGUGGCCUCGGCCAUGGCCAAAGGGCCGCCCUUUCCAUACAGCUUUGGCGAUAGGGUCGACGUUGACGAGUCCAUCUGGACAUUAUGCAAUGGCACCAAGAGGGAAGACGGCUCCAACUGCAGCAUCUUUUCCUUCGACAUUACCGCCCACAGAGGUCUCCUGCCCCUCGCCCGAAACGCCCUGCGAAAGCUUCGCACCAUCCGCCACCCUGGUGUAAUCAAGGUCCUCGAUACGGUGGAGACAGAAACAUACAUCUACAUCGCCACCGAGAGAGUUGUGCCCCUGCGAUGGCACGUCCGACGAAAAUCCCUUAGCCCAGAAACAAUAAAAUGGGGCUUGCACAGCAUUGCGCGUACUCUCAAAUUCAUCAACUCUGACGCCUCCUCCAUCCAUGGCUGUGUCAAGGUCGGAUCCGUAUAUACUUCUGAAAGUGGCGAGUGGAAACUUGGUGGCUUUGAGAUCCUCAGCAGCGUCAAGGACGAUGAAUCAACUAUAUAUACUUAUGGGAGCCUUGCUCCUGACUCUGCUCGAUACUCGCCUCCAGAAGUCGUACAAAGUGGCUGGGAGGUCAUCAAGAAGAACCCUCACUCGGCCGUCGACGCCUUCAACUUUGGUGUGCUAAUAUACGAGGUAUUCAAUGGCGACUACAACGGCCGAGACAAUGCUGGACAGACUCGCGGCGUUCCACCCACGAUGCACUCUAGUUACAAGCGACUAUGUAACGCGAAUCCAAAAGCUCGCAUUUCCGUCUCGGCAUUCCUCGAUCAGGGAAGCCGUCGCGACGCCUUUUUCGACACACCGCUCAUCAAACUCACAGAGGGUAUCGAAAACCUGGGCAUAAAAUCCGAAGAAGAACGCGAGCAAUUUUUGGACGACUUGGAGCAAGUAUCAGAUGACUUUCCCGAGGACUUUUUCAUCAUGAAGGUCCUGCCGGAGCUAAUGAAAUCGGUCGAGUUUGGUGGUGGUGGACCCAAGGCCAUUAGUGUUGUGCUCAAGAUUGCCUCCAAACUGUCGCAGGACGACUUUGAGACUAAGUUGAUUCCCUUCAUUGUCAGGAUCUUUGGCAAUCCUGACCGUGCCAUUCGAGUUUGUCUGCUGGACAGCCUGCCUCUGAUCAUUGACCAAUUGCCUCAAAAAAUUGUCAAUGAUAAAAUCUUUCCACAAAUUGUCGCUGGCUUCACAGACGCCGCCCCCAUCGUUCGAAAGCAGACGCUCAAGUCAGUUUUGGUAUUAAUCACAAAGCUCUCGGAUCGCACAAUUAAUGGCGAGCUACUCAAACACCUUGCCAAGACUGCCAAUGACGAACAAGCCGGAAUUCGCACCAACACGACAAUUUGCUUGGGCAAGAUCGCCAAGCAUCUCGGAACGGGGUCAAGAUCCAAGGUCCUCAUUGCCGCCUUUACACGAUCGAUGCGAGACCCAUUUGUUCAUGCACGCAAUGCUGCAUUGAUGGCUUUGGCAGCAACAUCGGAAUACUUCACAGAAGAAGACUGCGCAACACGCAUUCUCCCUGCGCUCUGCCCUCUGCUCAUUGACAAGGAGAAACUUGUCCGUGACCAGGCAACCCGCGCCAUGGACUCGUAUGUGGCCAAGAUCAAAAAGGCAGCAUCAAAUAUGCCGGACACUGUGCUACCGCCAGCACAGGCUGGGGACGGCCAGGCUGCUCGCAUGAGCACACCGCAACCGAGCGCUGGUUCUCAGGGCUGGACUGGCUGGGCCAUAUCGUCGUUUACGAACAAACUAUCGACGGCCGCGGGCGAUAUGCAGACCACCAAUGGGUCAGCCCCCACACCGAAAGCAUCGGCUUCUCCCACCGCGGAUGCCCGCAAGUCAAGGUCGUCAGCGUCCACACUACACAGGCAAGCGCUUGCAUCACCACCGGCUUCUACCGCAGCGCCAUCUCCCACGCCUAGCGCUGUAGCGGAAGAAUUCUACGGCAACGGGGCCGACGAUGACGCGGGCGGCUGGGGCGACAUGGACGACAUGGAUGAGGAGGAUGGAUGGGGUAAGGCUUUGGACGAGCCAUCAGCAAUUUCGGCGCCCGCGACGGCGUCGGCGACACCGUUUGACGAGGGUGAGCCCGACUUUGCAGGGUGGCUUACAGCGCAAUCGCAGAAAAAGACGGCCUCGAAGCCGUUGCCCAAGGGGCUAGCGAAGACGGGCUCUGCGGCGAAGAGAGCGCCCGCAAAGCCGGCGGCAAAGGCGAAGCCAGUGGUGGCGAAGAAAAUUGACCUGGCGCCGAAAAUCGAAGACGAUGACGAAGGUUGGGGGGACGGUUGGUAG